AGUUAAUGUUUUCUUUUCCUUUUUUAAGGAAAAAUAUAUUACCCUUUGAAAUUGAGAAGAUAAAUUACUAUACAAUUUUUAAGACUUUGCAAGACACUAAUAAUGUUGUUUCUUAGGAGCCAAAAUCUCUUCCAGUGUCUGAUACUACACUUGUAUUUAAAGCAUUAGAGCCCAGAGUUCUGUGUUUACAAAUAUUUUGCAGAACUUUGGCGUCUCAUUUCUUUAGUCCAGGUAGGCACCGAUUUUUUGCUCUAUCUCUAGGCUUACAUAAAGUAUACUUCCAGUUUAUUCAGAAGCUUAAAAAAAAGGGGGUGGAUUUUUUUUUCCCCCCCAGUAAAAAUAGGUAUCAAACCCUGUGUUCCUCAGGGAUGGAGAAUGUCACCUAGACACAAGUGGCAUUCUUGUGGCCCCAGUCACAGCAAGAGCCAGUUCCGUGGGAAUUGGUUGGCCUUGUUCAGUGGGUGUUUUCAUCCCAGUUGGGGCUGUGUGCAAGUACUGUGGCCACUUGGAUCAGUGUAGAUACUGACUGGAGGGUGAGUUUAUGCUUAUCUGUACUGUCAGUACUAGACAAGCGUCAUACUUGUUAUACUUUUACACCUGACAAUCCUCUUCAGGCUUUGAGAGUGCCAUUUAUAAUUUUUGGGACUUGGACAGCGUAUUGCUGCUGUCACGCCCUGUAGGUAUUUCAAAUACUAAAUGUAGAGCUUUAUCCGACAAACAUUUUUGUCUUAGUACUAAGAUGAGGUAGCAUUUUUUUUUCUAAAUUAAAUGCAACUUAAUCCAUGGAAUCGACAGUUGUAUCUGGGAAAUAGGUGGCAGGGAAAUAUUUUUUAUGUUCAGACCUGCCUACUGUAAAUACAGUAGCAGACAGAUGUCACUUGUCAAAUGGAAGUACUAAACACCUCAAGUUUGUGGUGACAAGUAAUAAUAAAUUGUCUAGAACCCUUCUUAAUCUAUUUGGCUCCUUACUGGUGGCAACAGCUUCAGAAAACAUUUGGAAAGCUAAAGUCAACUGUUUUAACUAUUCCUUUGUGUUGAUGCACAAAGACCUUACAUGGUUAUUUCAUUCCUACUUAGAAAUCCUGACAACAAUCUUCAGAUACUCUCUGGUUUUGGACUUUUCCCCAGAAUAGUCCAGAUGAAGUAGAAAGCUGAAAUGGAAGGUGAAUGCAGGUUCCAUUAGGGACUGGUUUUCUGAAAGACAUUUGAGGUCAAAUGCAGCGUGAUCUGCACUGGACUGCACUGCAAGAAUUUUGGGAGAACCUUUCCUUUUGCUUAUCUCUUGGUAAAUCUACCUGUGCUGUAGUGUUUACAAACAGAAACACAAAGUCCUUUUCUUUGAAAAUAAAAAACUUGACCAGAAAAAAAAAACAGGCAACUUCUCUAGCUUGUUUUUCGUAAUGCUUAGUCAAAAGAAAGUGUUUAGGGUUGGGUUUAUUAAAAGAGUUGCAUAAUGAUAGGUGAUUUGAUUGGCAUAGAUGGACCUUCAUUGGAAGACACUCUUGAAAACUGGAUUCUUAGAUCUCAGGGGGGGAAAAAAGGGUAGAAUGGGAACCAGUGAACCUAAAUGUCAGAGAUCAGGCACAAAUCCAGGAGGCUGAAACUGAUAAACCAUUAGAGUUUUCCACAUUUUUCAGAGCAACUGCAAAGCAAACAAGCUAACUGAUUCCAUAGGUAUAUUACGAAAUUUAGUUUCUUUAAUACUCAGAAAAUCAGGUUAUAUGAUCUAAUUGUCUCUCUAAAUUUUUAAUCAAUUCCUGAAAUUAUCUGUUUGUUGAUUUAGUGUUAUUUGGGUACCUGUGGGUUUUCCUGCAGAUCAUACAUAUUUUCAAUGUACUUUCAACUCCUGCAAAGCCAGUUCAAAGGCUUGAAAAAUCUUUUAGUUACAAGUAACUCUUCUCAGGCAAAAUCCAAUGAUGAAGCUGUAUCUAAAUUGUGUUUCCCUGAAGGAAAGAAUGAACAAGUCUCAAAGGAAGAAUUUCUUUAACUUAAAACUGAGCUACUUCAUAUCCAUUACCAACCACUGUGUCAUUGAGAAGUCAUGCAAGGAGAGGGUACUUAAGACCAAUUUUGAAAGAUCUGGUAGCAUAUUUUAGAAUUGUCACUGGCAUCAGUGGAUGCUUUUUUGCCUUGUGGGUGGUUCUUUGGUUUUAUUUUUAAAGGGAGUAAUUGAGCUUUUUUUCAUCUGAAAGGAACAAACAAUAAGUGUAGAAGUAUAGGAUUAUUUUUUUCUGAAGUUGUCAGUAUCAACAGAAAAGAGGUGUCCAACUGAGGUGGAAAAUAAAAAAUAGAUAUUUUAAAAUGUAUUUUCACCCAUGGCUAAACAGAUAGUAUUAUGGAAUGGUUGUAAUGUUCUUUGGUACUAAUAGGAUGCCAGGCUUGAUUUCAGAUAUUUUUCAUAUUUACCAAAUGUGUAUUAAAAUAUAAUGGUUGCAAGUAUGUGAAAAUCAGUUCCGAGGGGGUGGUGGUCUGGUCUUUUCUUUUUCCUAGUUGCAUCUAAAGGGCACUUGGAGCACACACAGUGUGCCAGGAUCUGCUUCUGGGAAUUUCUGACUGUGACAUCCACUUCAAAUAUCAUUCACAGCUUAAACACAUUAGAACCACAUGGCUUACUGUCAAGUUAAAAAAAAAAAGAAAAGAAAAUUUGCCUUUAGGACUAUUUUGUUGGGUUUUUGUUUUACUUUGCUCCACUGUUUGAAAAGGCUGAAGCAGCAGAUUUUUGAAGCUUCUGUAGUUUCUGUGUGCGUACCAUGUUUUUGUGACUACAGUUUUUCCAUUUUUAAAAAUAAAAUAUGUUUCUCAGAACUCAAAAUGCUGCAUUUUUCCUGACUUUCACGAAACUUGGCAGUGAAUCCUGUGUUCCUUCAGUGUUUCUCCAUCCCCGGCUGAAUGUGCUCAGAACUCCCCAGUGGUGAAGACUAGAGGCUUUUUUUUAUUGUUGGAAUGUAAAGAGUAUCCAGGCAAAGCUUAAACAGUUUCAACUUUCAAUUCAAUAGAACAGGUUUACAAUCUAGAGCUGUAUUAUUUGGCAUUUCUUCAGUAGGGAAGUGAUUUCAAUUAUUGAGAUGAUGGGAAGAGCAGAGUUGUUGUACUACAGCUAUGUUUUCUCCUGCCAUUGAGUAUAUAUUUACUUUCAAAUUCCCUAAGAUGCAUGUGUCUGCCUGCAUAAUACAUUAGAUUAAUUCAUGAGUCAGAAGAGGGUUGAGAAUUUUUUUUUUUUCUGAGAAUAGUCCAUUGCAUCUCAGGAGAAAACCCCCUGUUAGAUUGCAAAAGGACAGAGGACUCGAGAACAGGGGAAAGAGGCAUCACCUGCAAUUUUAUGUCCUUGUUUCUAAUAAUUAGAAAGAUCCCCAUAUCAAAGUUUCUGGAAAAAAGGAAAAUGUUAAAGAAGCAAAAGAGAAAAUCAUGUCUGUCUUGGACACAAAAAGCAAUCGGGUAACCUUGAAGAUGGAUGUUUCACAUACAGAACAUUCUCAUGUGAUAGGUAAAGGUGGCAAUAAUAUUAAGAAGGUGAUGGAGGAAACAGGAUGUCAUAUCCAUUUUCCAGACUCAAAUAGGAACAACCAAGCAGAGAAAAGCAACCAAGUGUCUAUUGCUGGACAGCCAGCUGGAGUGGAGUCUGCAAGAGUUAGAAUUCGGGAGCUGCUUCCAUUGGUACUCAUGUUUGAAUUGCCUAUUGCUGGAAUUCUUCAACCCAUCCCAGAUCCUAAUUCUCCGACAAUUCAGCAUAUAUGUCAGACAUAUAAUAUUUCAGUUUCCUUUAAACAACGCUCUCGAAUGUAUGGUGCUACAGUCAUUGUCAGAGGGUCACAAAAUAACACUAGUGCUGUGAAGGAAGGAACAGCCAUGCUCUUGGAACACCUGGCUGGGAGCCUGGCCUCUGCAAUCCCUGUGAGCACACAGCUGGACAUCGCAGCACAGCAUCAUCUCUUUAUGAUGGGUCGGAAUGGCAGCAACAUCAAACAUAUCAUGCAGAGGACUGGUGCUCAGAUCCACUUCCCUGACCCCAGUAACCCACAGAAGAAAUCCACUGUCUACCUCCAGGGCACAAUUGAGGCUGUCUGUCUUGCCAGGCAAUAUCUCAUGGGUUGCCUUCCUCUUGUGCUCAUGUUUGAUAUGAAGGAAGAAAUCGAAGUAGAACCCCAGUUUAUAACACAGCUAAUGGAGCAGUUAGACGUCUUCAUAAGCAUUAAACCUAAGCCAAAGCAACCAAGCAAGUCUGUGAUUGUAAAAAGCGUUGAACGAAAUGCCUUAAAUAUGUACGAGGCACGGAAAUGUCUCUUGGGACUUGAAAGUAGUGGAGUCACCAUAGCAUCAAGUCCCUCUACUGUCUCGUGCCCUGUUGGUCUGUCUUGUCCUGGUUUGGAUAUUUUGUCCUCAGCAGGACUUGGACUCACUGGGCUCGGCCUUUUAGGUCCAACAGCCCUGUCAGUCAACACCUCAACUGCUCCAAACUCUCUUUUGAAUGCCCUUAACAGCUCUGUGAGCCCCUUGCAGAGUCCAAGUUCAGGCACUCCUAGUCCCACGUUAUGGGCAACAUCUCUUGCUAACACAAACACCACAGGUUUUUCUGCUAUUCCACACCUAAUGAUACCAUCUACUGCCCAAGCAACCUUAACUAGUAUUCUGUUGUCUGGAGUGCCUAAUUAUAGUCAAAACACUCCAUCUCCACCACCAGGCUUGACUCCUGUCGAAGUCCACGUUAAUGGCAUGCAAUCAGAGAGUAAAAAAGGCUCACCUUCUUUAAAUGGUCAUGUAAAGGCCUCAAAUAUCAAGUAUGCUGCACUGUCUGCCACAUCGCUGGGGGAAAAUGUGUUGAGCGCGAACCACAGUGAUGCGGUGAGACAAACAAGUACUCAUGGUGCCUCAGAACAAGGAGCUGCCAAGUCAAACAGUGAAGACGGUUGCAAUGAUGCUUUUGUAGAAGUGGGCAUGCCAAGAAGUCCUUCCCAUUCAGCAAAUACCAGUGAUCUGAAGCAGAUGAUGAGCUCUUCGAAGCAGGCCUGUGCCAAGAGGCAAACGGUUGAGUUACUGCAAGGCACCAAAAACUCUCACUUACACACUGCAGAGAGGCUGCUCUCAGACGCAGAGUUAAGUGCCUCCGAGGGCCCCGUGGCUGAUAAGAAGGCUCCUGGCAGUGAACGGGCAGCAGAGCGAGCAGCGGCCGCCCAGCAGAACUCUGAGCGAGCACGUCUGGCCCCGCAGCCCUCCUAUGUCAAUAUGCAGGCAUUUGACUAUGAACAGAAGAAACUACUAGCAACCAAAGCUAUGUUAAAGAAGCCAGUUGUAACAGAAGUGAGAACUCCAACAAAUACAUGGAGUGGUUUGGGGUUCUCUAAAUCCAUGCCUGCAGAAACUAUCAAGGAACUAAGAAGAGCAAAUCAUGUAUCGUACAAGCCAUCCAUGACAACUACAUAUGAGGGUUCAUCGAUGUCUCUGUCCCGGUCCAGCAGUCGGGAGCACCUGGGAAGUGGCAGUGAAUCUGAUAACUGGAGAGACCGUAAUGGGCUGGGACCCACUGCUCAUGAUUUUGUCUCCUCAAUUGGCAGCCCCAAACGGAAACAAAACAAAUCAGCUGAGCACUAUCUCAGUAGCAGCAAUUACAUGGACUGCAUUUCCUCGCUGACAGGAAGCAAUGGCUGUAACCUGAACAGUUUGUUUAAGGGAUCUGACCUGCCUGAGCUCUUCAGUAAGCUUGGUUUGGGCAAAUACACGGACGUAUUCCAACAGCAAGAGAUUGAUCUGCAGACAUUCCUUACUCUUACUGAUCAAGAUCUGAAAGAGUUAGGAAUUACCACUUUUGGUGCCAGAAGAAAAAUGCUGCUUGCAAUCUCAGAACUGAAUAAAAACCGAAGAAAGCUCUUUGAUCCGUCAAACAUCCGUGCCUCGUUCCUGGAAGGUGGAGCCAGUGGGAGACUGCCGCGCCAGUAUCACUCGGACAUUGCCAGUGUCAGCGGCCGCUGGUAGCAGGACGUUGUGGCUCUAAAAAGUCAGCUGUAAAGAUGGACAUGGCAAUCCUGUGGACAGCCUUCACUGCACACCACCCUCUGCACUUUGGGAGUUUGGGCGUCAAGGACCAAAGCGUUUUGUCUGCACAAUACUGUGCCAAAAGAAAACAAAAAAAUCAACAGAGAAAACACAUUUUGUCUGUUCUCUUUCGAAACACCAAAUGUGGGUUACGUUUUACUCAUGUAGAUUGGACAGAAUUUGCAAUAAUAAUAAUAUAGGGUUCUUUGUUUAGUAUUUUAUUACCUAUAACUAUAAUGUAUGCACUGAAUUUUUUACUUUGUUGAAUGAAGGAAGAAUGAAGAGCUGGGAUGCCAGAGAGCAUAGAUUUGGUUUUAUCAAGAUGGAUUUUUCUGGUACUGCUUAAAAUAAUUAUUGAGGUCUUUCUGCACUUUACAUGUUCUGAUUUCUUGUCCUGUGGAAAUUUAUUUCUCUCUUUCAUUUCCAUAUCAAUUUUUAUAUUGGCACUAAUCAAAUUUGUUCAGGUGUUCCUGCAUUAAGUCACAUCUCACUAUAAUGGUACUAGAAUCCGGUUCUUAUGCAGACUUUUUUUUUCCCUCUCUCUGUCUCCCGGGUAGUUAUCUGAAGAGAUUGUUCCAAAAUCAAGUCACUUGGUAGUGGACCAGUCCUGUUAUGCUCUUAUGAAGCAGUGUAAUGCUGCCUGCAAUAAUACUCACUGUAACAGAUGCAAUGAAAGACCAAAAUGGACCUUGCAAUAUUAACCCUUUGCAGUCAACAUAUUUAACUGCUGCCUGUUAUGCUAAAAGUGUUUUUAAUGGUUGUCUCAAAGCAAAGGGCUAUUUUUAGUACCCUGCCACUAAAGGACACUUAUUUAUAUCAGACUUUUAUUUUUAGAUUCUAUACACCUACAAUACGUAACAGAUUAAACUGAUCUACUGCAGAUUUAUGGUAGAGAAUGAAAGGCAUUCAUCAAACUAGAGCUCCAGGCUGUCAGUUUGAUUAAACAGACAACUAAUCUAAUUUGACAAGACAGCACUGUUGCCAUUUAAUAAAUGACACAUAUUACUUACAUGACUAUGCAUGCAGCAAUUAAGUGACCUACAUAAAAUAGGUGUAAUAGCAUCUGUUUUGUUCGAUCCAGAUUUGUAAUUGUCAGCUGCAGAAGUGUUUCAAACUCCGGAGAUGAACUAUUUCUGAAACAAGUUAUGUUCAACGGAAAGAGUCCAUGUUAUAAGUGGCUAGAGCUAACUUUUGCAUUCUUAUACUGUGAAAGUCCGAAUGAUUUGGCAAUGUUAUUCCUCUGUCUUGACAGAUGUUGUGUUAUGGGUUUAUGAAGGGUUCAGAUAUAAUGAAGGAAUUCAUAAAGUGCCUCUUUUUGCAAUGCAAUACGUAGUUUCCAAGCAUUAAUUGAAAAGCAUUCCCAUGAGAAAUAUUGUGAAUUACCUCUACUGUAAUGUACUAUUUAUGUUCAGUGUACAAGCCUUUUGAGAUGGACAUAAACCACUGUCAAGUGCUCUUAACAGAAGGCAUUAGAAUAACAUUUACAGUAGUUGGGUUUUAUGCAAAAAUGGGUGAGAAAGAGUUCUGACACUUUCCAUGGAUAAUUCUUUCUUUUAAGGUGAGAAUGCAAAAUGACAUAAAGAGAAAUUUGCACACACAAAGGGAAUUUAAAGAGACUUGUUACUUGAGGGCAUAGAUGAUCAAGCAAUAAUAUAAAGUCUUCUUGUGGUUAGCUAGAAAUUGCUGCUCAGUAAUCACUUCAGCCAUAUCUACUUAAUGGUGUAUAACUGGGUGACUUCCCCUCUAGGUCCAGUAGCAUCUUUGCCUGGUUUUACAGUGGUACUACAGAUCUGACUGGGUAAAGCUGUGUCUGGUACACAGUUGUUCACACCAGUCACUGUGCUCGAUGCCAAGAGUCAAUAUCCACAUAUCUGAGAGGUACUUGUGUGUCACAUGGGCAAGAGCAACUUCAUGGAAACCCUCUCAGAAGCCACAACUUCUCAUUCUAAAACUAUUUACACUUGUGCUUACUUCUAAGCAUGUAGGUAGUUCCAUUCACAGGGGCUACUUGUGUGCUUACAGAUAAGCUGUCAUUUCUAUGCUUGCACUCGCAAGACCAGUGUUUGCAAAUCAAAUUGUAUUCAGCCAUGUUAUUUUAUAAAAUAUUUUUAAUUAAAUAAAUAUUCAGCUGCACUUGGUACAGAAUUUUCUGCAACCCCUUCUUGCUUAUUUUGCCUAAACUUAAAAGCAUCAGAAAGCUUUUACACUCUAGUCUUUUGUAAGUACUUGCUAUGUAUCCAGAUGGUACUAUACUCAGAAACUCAUUUUAUUACAGUAUUAAGUUGAUGUGGUCUUUUGCUGAGCAGUGCUUAUGUCAUCUACACCAAAGUGAAGAAUUUCCCUUGAACAACAAAAUUUUUCAGUAGGGCUUCACACACACACAAAAAAAAGAACACACUGGAAGUAAAAAAUUUCUCACUUAUUUUGAUUCCACAAAGGGAAUAUAACCGUACAGUGUACCGUAUUGUGUUAUAUUAUGCACAAAUAUUUGACUUGCUACAUAAAAUGUUAGUUUUAAAUCUGUGCCUUAAUAGUGACCAGUUAUCUGUAAAUAUAGAGCAGAUACAGAUUGUAUUUUUGUGGGUUGUGUCCUUUUAGUGAUUUUUUUUAAAAUAAAAGUUGAAAUUAAGACAUUAAAAAUGGGAAUUUUCAAAACUAAUCAGUGUUGCAUAAAAUAAAUUUAUAUAACACCCUUGU